CUUAGGAGCCCUGGUGCGGGGCCCCUUAGCUCCGAGGGAGGCGCUCACAGUCACGGAAAGCGGAAAGGGUGCAAGAGGCAUUCGGUGAGCGCUCCGCAACUGUUGCUGCCUCCUGACCUCAUUGAGGGGGAUGUUCCUGUGCGUCCCUCACUUCACAGAGUUCUGCUGUACCAUAGUGCCAGUGUCAGUAGUACCAGCUGCCUGGAUGUCUCUGUUUUUUGUUUUGUUUUUUAAAGUUAGGAUUUCCUAUCUUCUCUGCAGAUAUUGGAUCUCUGAUUUUAGGACCGAACGGGUGGUGCAAUGGGAAGGAAGAAAGGUGGGAGGCAGGAAGCAAUACUCUGCAAGGCUCGCUGUUAGAUGUGGCAGGUUUCUCCUUAAAGACCAUCCUCUGGAAACCCUGGCUCAGACCAAAUGGAAUUCCCAUGGAUCCUCUGCCUUGGCGGGGUGUCCCAUCUCACCUGUAUCCUCACUGGGCUUCAGGCAGGGUUUCCAGCGUUGCUCCUCCUCCAGUCUCCCCACUCCACCAAGGGCAAAGGAAAGGAAGGAAGCAGAAUUCAAAGUGGAUGUGUCAGAAUACCUUGGGCCACUGCUGUUCGUAAGAGUGCAGAAAUGGCAUUAUCUCACGGAUGACGCCUGGUUCUGCAACUGGAUUUCUGUGAAGGGCCCCGGAGACCAAGGAUCAGAGUACAUGUUCCCCUGUUACCGAUGGGUUCAGGGCAGAAGCAUCCUGAGCCUCCCUGAGGGCACUGGCUGCACCGUGGUUGAAGAUUCUCAAGGACUGUUCAGGAAACAUAGGGAAGAGGAGCUUGAAGAGAGGAGGAGUCUGUACAGGUGGGGCAACUGGAAGGAUGGCUCAAUCCUGAAUGUGGCGGCGGCCAGUAUAUCUGACCUCCCUGUAGACCAACGAUUUCGAGAGGACAAAAGAAUUGAAUUUGAAGCUUCACAGGUUAUAGGGGUAAUGGAUACUGUUGUCAACUUUCCUAUAAACACUGUGACCUGCUGGAAAAGCCUAGAUGACUUCAACUGCGUUUUCAAGAGUGGCCAUACCAAAAUGGCUGAGCGGGUUCGAAACUCCUGGAAGGAAGAUGCGUUCUUUGGGUACCAAUUUCUCAAUGGUGCUAACCCCAUGGUGCUGAAGCGCUCUACUUGUCUUCCUGCCCGCCUGGUAUUCCCUCCAGGAAUGGAGAAGCUACAGGCCCAGCUGAACAAGGAGCUCCAGAAAGGCACUCUGUUUGAAGCGGAUUUCUUCCUUCUGGAUGGGAUCAAGGCCAAUGUCAUCCUUUGUAGCCAGCAGUACCUGGCUGCCCCUCUCGUCAUGCUGAAGCUGAUGCCUGAUGGACAACUCUUGCCCAUAGCCAUCCAGCUUGAACUGCCCAAAACUGGGUCUACUCCACCACCUAUUUUCACGCCCUCGGAUCCCCCAAUGGACUGGCUCCUAGCCAAAUGCUGGGUCCGGAGCUCCGACUUACAGCUCCAUGAGCUGCAGGCUCAUCUUCUGAGGGGACACUUGAUGGCUGAGGUCUUUGCUGUGGCCACCAUGAGGUGCCUGCCUUCCGUGCACCCUGUUUUUAAGCUUCUAGUUCCUCAUCUGCUUUACACCAUGGAAAUUAAUGUCCGGGCCAGGAGUGACCUGAUCUCAGAGAGAGGCUUUUUUGACAAGGCAAUGAGCACAGGUGGGGGAGGCCACCUGGAUCUUCUCAAGCAAGCUGGAGCCUUUCUGACCUAUUGCUCAUUGUGUCCCCCCGAUGACUUGGCUGAGCGAGGACUCUUGGAUAUCGAGACUUGCUUCUAUGCUAAAGACGCCCUGCGACUCUGGCAGAUCAUGAAUCGGUACGUGGUGGGAAUGUUCAAUCUCCACUACAAGACCGACAAAGCUGUGCAAGACGACUAUGAACUGCAGAGCUGGUGUCGAGAGAUCACUGACAUUGGUCUUCAAGGGGCCCAGGACAGAGGCUUCCCUACCUCUCUUCAGUCCCGGGCUCAGGCUUGCUACUUCAUCACCAUGUGCAUCUUCACGUGCACCGCACAGCACUCUUCCGUCCAUCUUGGCCAGCUGGAUUGGUUCUACUGGGUUCCUAAUGCACCCUGCACCAUGCGGCUGCCACCACCCACCACCAAGGAAGCAACAAUGGAGAAGCUGAUGGCUACACUGCCCAACCCUAAUCAGUCUACUCUCCAGAUAAAUGUCGUUUGGCUCCUGGGCAGACGCCAGGCUGUUAUGGUGCCCCUGGGCCAGCAUUCAGAGGAACACUUUCCAAACCCUGAGGCCAAGGCUGUGCUGAAGAAGUUCAGAGAGGAACUGGCUGCCUUGGAUAAGGAAAUUGAGAUUCGUAAUAAGAGCUUGGACAUACCUUAUGAGUACCUGCGGCCCAGCAUGGUGGAAAACAGCGUGGCCAUAUGAGCAUCCCCAGACUCCUGCUUUGUUGUUUAGUUAAGACCACCCAAGUACAUCCCUGUGCUUGAGUGGUGGCAGUCCUGCCCUCCCAAGCCCCGCCCUCUGACCCUCAAAGCCCCACCCCCUGCCCAUGUGGGACCCUCCUCCAAGCUGUCCAUUGUCUGCUGCAAUGAAUACAUUUUGCUUUGGAUGCAUUA